GCGCGCAAAGACAUAAAAGUAGUUCCACCAGAAGAUGGUCGCAACAGCGCUCCUGUCAGUCUCUGACAAGUCUGGCCUGCUCGACUUUGCGCGUGGCCUGCAUGAGGCUGGUGUGCGCCUCAUUGGCUCUGGCGGUACGGCAAAGGCAGUCAGAGAGGCUGGUCUCCCCAUAGAAGAUGUGUCGUCUAUCACGGGCGCGCCUGAAAUGCUCGGUGGCAGAGUCAAGACCUUGCACCCCGUUGUUCAUGGAGGCAUCCUGUCACGAUCCAUCGAAUCUGACUUGGCGGACUUGAAAAAGCACAAUAUUGCGCCCAUUGACAUUGUCGUUUGCAACUUGUACCCCUUCAGUCAGACGGUCUCAAAGGUGCCUGCGCCAUCAAUCGCAGAGGCAGUUGAAGAAGUCGACAUUGGCGGUGUCACACUCCUGAGGGCAGGCGCAAAGAAUCAUGCAAGAGUAGCGACUCUCUGCGAUCCUGCCGACUAUGCACCUUUUCUUGAAGAGUGGAAUGCGACGAGCGGCAGGCCAAGCACUGCGCUCCUCAACCGGUUUGCUUUGAAGGCGUUCACACACACGGCGGCAUACGACACUGCUAUCGCCAACUACUUCAGAAAGAGCUAUGCCUCGACGGAGCUCAUCCAAGAGGCAAAGCCAGAGGAUCGAGCUGCUGCCCGAGAACAUGUCCAACGCAUCGAGUUGCGAUAUGGCGCAAAUCCCCACCAGAAGCCUGCGCAAGCAUAUGUCACGGAAGGCAAGCUGCCCUUUACAGUACUGUCUGGCUCACCUGGCUACAUCAAUCUGCUUGAUGCGCUCAACUCCUUUGCGCUCGUCAAAGAAAUGUCGCUCGCUUUCGAUCCGCCUUUGCCUGCAGCAGCAUCCUUCAAGCACGUCAGCCCGGCAGGCGCAGCAGUGGGAACAUCGCAGCCACUGAGCGAGACCGAGGUCAAAGUCUUUGAUGUUGCUGGUAUUGAGCUCUCGCAACUAGCGAGAGCGUACGCCAGAGCACGAGGCGCCGACCGAAUGUCAUCGUUUGGCGACUUUCUCGCGCUCUCGCACACUUGCGACGUACCAACAGCCAAGAUCAUCUCGCGCGAGGUCUCUGACGGCGUCAUUGCGCCAGGCUACGAGCCAGAGGCGCUCGAGAUCCUCAAAAAGAAAAAGGGGGGCAAGUACUGCGUCCUACAAAUGGAUCCCACCUUCGAGCCAUCGCUGGUCGAGACUCGACAAGUCUACGGUGUUUCGCUUGAGCAACGUCGCAACGACUGCAAGAUCGAUGCGUCGCUCUUCACGAAUGUUGUGUCUGAUAAGAAAGAGAUCCCCAGCUCGGCCAUCACAGACUUGAUCGUUGCCACCAUCGCGCUCAAGUAUACGCAGUCCAACUCGGUCUGCUAUGCUCUCAACGGGGGUGUCAUCGGAUUGGGUGCCGGACAACAGUCCCGUAUACAUUGUACGCGACUCGCAGGCGACAAAGCCGACGUCUGGUGGCUCAGACAUCACCCAAAGGUGCUAAAUCUGCCCUGGAAAGAGGGCACGAAGCGGGCAGACCGGGCCAACGCGAUCGACCUUUACGUGACGGACACGAUUUGGCAGAUCGACGAAUCGAGCUCAGAACGCAAAGACUGGCAAGCGCUCUUCAAGAGUCUGCCCGAAUGCAUAAGUCCAUCAGAGCGCAAGCAAUGGCUCUCGUCGUUCAGCGGCGUCUCUCUCUCGAGCGAUGCCUUUAUGCCAUUCUCGGACAACGUCUACAGAGCCAGCCGUAGCGGAGUGAGCUACAUCUGUGCGCCGUCCGGCUCGGUCAUGGACGGCGCUGUCGUGUCUGCAGCCAAUGAGGUCGGUAUCACGUACACCUUUAGUCCGCUAAGGUUGUUCCAUCAUUGA